AAAGAGAUGAAAACGAUGGAUUGUUGAAACUUGCAGCUAAAAACUAACCACAAACUCGAAGAAUUUCAGGAUCAAAUCAAUACAGUCGGUUUCAUUUCUUCAUAAGUACUAUAAUUUUCACAACUUUUUUUUGAUUCUAAGUAUUACCCAGUUCUUAAUUUGCUCGAAUUUACAGAAACAAAAACCAUGGCCGGAAAGUUGAACUGUGUGAUCGUUUCCGUCGACGGCAGUGAAGAGAGCAUGAACGCCUUGAAUUGGACUCUAGACAACAUUAAGCUCAAACCCCAUGAUCCCGAUUCUCAAGAAUCACAAGGGUCCAUUGUGAUUCUCCAUGUUCAAUCUCCGCCGUCUAUCGCUGCUGGUCUUAACCCUGGAGGUAUCCCUUUUGGUGGCCCCAGUGAUAUUGAGGUGCCUGCGUUUACUGCUGCAAUUGAGGCACAUCAAAAGCGGAUCACACAGGCCAUUUUAGACCAUGCUCUUGAGAUUUGUGCUAAUAAAAAUGCAAACGUUAAGACCCAAGUAGUUAUUGGGGAUCCAAAGGAGAAAAUUUGUGAUGCUGUUGAAGAAAUGAAUGCUGAUUUGCUAGUGAUGGGUUCCCGUGCUUUUGGCCCCAUUAAAAGGAUGUUUCUGGGGAGUGUAAGCAACUACUGCACAAACCAUGCACAGUGUCCAGUAAUUAUUGUUAAGGCCACUCCUUGAUGCGAAUAUUCCAGGGUUCGGUGCUAUAUUCCGUCUUCUUUGGAUGAUCAGCCUUAAGCUGUAGUUAUGGGUUGCUCAUGAGAUGCAUGGAAUGUGUUUGUUCAAACAAGAUAAUAGUCGUCGUAUAGUGGAAUAAGCUUGACUGGCUGUCUCUAUGCUGUAGAUCAUGUGUGUUUUGCAUUAAUUUAUAGAGGUGGAUUGGAUCUUGGUUUGUGUAUUUCCACAUGUGCUGUUUACACUAUGCAGAUUUACAUCAUGUGAGAGUGCAAGAACUAUCUGUGAAGAUGUGAAGGGUGUCAAUGUAAUCGCGUAAUGUAUUUGAUAAUAGAGCUUGCAUUUUAUUGUAAUUACACUAUAAUGAAUCAAUGUUUUUUAUUCUUUGUUCAUUGGAUUCUUGCAAGUGUGCAUUUUUAUUGAAAAUGACCAGAUGAAGCCAAGAGAAACUGAUUUGCUGUUUUUUU